UCCAUUUUCCACCCAGGAAAAAUGUUAUCAGAUUUGCAAUCUAGAAUGUUCGCGAAAAUUUCUUAAAAUCUGAACUGAAAGUGUUGCGAUGACAAUCGGUAGCUGUCGCGAUUUCCCUACUCAGUGAAAAUUCUCAUCUGGAAAAUCAAAUUCAAUCGGUAGAAGAGAUUUUCAGUUUGACCUAAUAAACGCUAGGAAGAAAAAUAAACUACAACAACAACCCAGCCAAAACAAUGUUGGGAAAAUCGAUUUCCUUUCUACUGCUGAUGGGAUGCUUCAUCCUGCAUCAAUCGACUGCCACCUAUCUCACCGAUGAUGUCUACGUUUCGGAGCUGUUCUCGCUUCGGGUGGAACCGCGAAUGUUCAACUGGACCUUCCAGGGUCUGACCGAGCAGUUUCAUUACCGUCCCUCCAUGGAGGGCUAUCCGGAUCUUCCGUCCUGGGUCCGCUACAUGUACAGCAGUGAGUACCAUUCCGGGUUCCUAUACGGGACUCCACCGGAACGGACCGCGGACAGUAAGGUGCCGAUCGAGAUCAUCGCACUGAACAAGCAAACGUACGAAACGAAGCGCAUUGUGCUGAUCUUGUCGGUGCACCGGAAACCUCCGCCGAGGAAUGUCAUCCAGAUGAAAAUCGACAAUCUGAACUGGGUGCACAUGAUGGAUCCAGGUAGGAUCGAGAAUUUGAAGAACAUUUUCCGGAACGAUCUGUGGCAGGAGAGUCGACAGGAUUUGCACAUCAUCUUUAUGGACUCGGCUAUCAAGCUGGGUGCGCGAUUGCCACUGAGGCCACAGCAACGGGAGGGGGUGGUGGUGCAUUUGGGUAGCAGGGCUGAUUUUUCCGGCAGGUUGUUGGACUUGCAGGAGGAGGUUAAACCGUUGUACAAGAUAGCAUCGUGUAAUUACAAGAGAACUUCGGUGCAGACAACGUUUGAAAGCUCGGGAUUCAAGUUGGAUUGGUGCGCUUUUAAGCUGCACGCAGCAGACGACGAUAUCACCGCGAUGCCUCAUCAUCCCCAUGAAAGCUAUAAACCGGUCAAGGGAUCUGAGCUGAGUACACUCCGCCGCUCGGACAAGUGGGACGCUCCGAUGAAGUCCGAGGUGCCGGAACGGAACUACAGCGACGAGUUUGCCGUUUCGUUCGCGAUUCCUGGAAUGAUCUUUGCCGUGUUGUUAUCCGUCCUCACGGUGAUUUUGUGCUUCCAGCAUGAGAAGUUGCGAGAUGACGAUUCUGAAUAUUAUUUCGAUUUUCUCUUUAACAUUUGUACAGAUUUCUUCAGAUUGAAAAAAUCUUACAGACAUGAGUACCGCCCGGCUCAACCCGUCCAGAUGGUUCAAUACUCACAACAAGCACAACAACCGACAGGGACGCUCAAGAGUUUGAAGGACGCUCCGCAAGAGGAGGAUUUAAGCAUUCGUUCUGCUAGUCCUUCGGAAAGCUACUACCGAGAUGGAAGUCCCAGGAUUGUAAAUUCUUAUCUCCGACCAAAACCACCCCCAUACAAGUCAACCGGUGGAUCAAACAGUUCCACCAUGCAGCGAAAGGCCCCGAUUGGUGUUGAUAUGUGACCGGUAGAGCCUCGGGUUUUGUUUUGCUAAACAAGGGAUGUUUGGAAUUGUACGCACAUACGUCUAAGCGAGUAGUCGAUCGUAGCCAUUAUAUGGAUGAUUAAUAAACUGAAAUUGGUAGUACGAAAUUCGAAUAGGCAUCAUGAUUGGCAUCUACAAUAUGAUAACAAAAAAAAACUUCAUUGAACUCAACUCAAAAACUAAAUCAUCAGAACAUCAUUAGCAUCUACGCAUAUCUUAACGAUCAUCAAAAUUGCUGAGCUACAGUAUUUAAAAUGCUUAACAUUGGGAUCAUCACUGCAUUGCCAUGUAUUUGAAUAUUCAUCAGCUCAAAUUAUUGGGUCUCAAAUUUAUCGAAUGAUCAA